GAAUGAUUGAUUUAUUGAAUGAUUGAUUAAUUGAUUGUGUUGCAGCUCCAUGUUAGCCGGUGGUAUCCAGAGCAUGCGGGUAGGUCAUGUGACCAGGUCAGAGGUCAGGGGGCGUGUCCGUAGGUGUGUCCACAGGUGUGAGUUUUACGGCUGUAACAAGGUGUACACCAAGAGUUCCCACCUCAAGGCCCACAGACGCACACACACAGGUGAGAAGCCGUAUAAGUGCACGUGGGACGGGUGCACGUGGCAUUUUGCCCGUUCUGACGAGCUGACCCGCCAUUACAGGAAACACACGGGAGUGAAGCCCUUCAGGUGUGGCGACUGUCAACGCUCCUUUUCCCGCUCAGAUCACCUGGCCCUGCACAGACGCAGACACACACUGAUCUGAGGAGGGAGGGAGGGAGGGA